CUCUGAUGUCAACAGGACUCUCACUCAGCUCAUUAGCUUGCUGAUACACACAGACAUUUUGAUGACACUUGCAAAGACAGUUUGCCUUUUUGCAGGGCAGCUUCUGAUGAGUAACUCCAAGCCCCAAAAUAAAUUGACACAAAACGUCUGUGUUUUAAACUAGAUGACUGAGGUUCACUCUGCAUUUCUGACUGCUAUAUUAAGAACUCCGACUCAAGUGAAGGACCUUAGAGAGAUUGCUGUUUGGCUACAGAGAUGAGUGUUGGGCUGACACAACCCAUCUGUAUGGAAAUAGCUCUGGCUCUACUCAUUUUGCCAGGGGUUUUGUGCACCGACUGGCUUGUGGCAUAUCAACCGAAAGAGAUCUGUGCAGUAAGAGGCUCUUCUGUUGUCAUUUCAUGCACAUUUCACUAUCCUGAGAAGCUUGAUAACAAGAACCUAACAGUGGAAAAAGUCAUGUGGAGUCAAGGGAGGAAACAGUUUUUUGAUGGCCCUUUCAUCACUGAGAGUAAUAAUAGAACUCAUAACAGCACCAAAUUUGAGUACGUUGGUAACAAAGUUCAUAAUUGUUCUUUGCAAAUCCACCAAGUAGAGCAGAGAGACAGUGGAGAAUAUGCAUUCAGAUUUGAAACUAACAACGGCAAUUGGACGGGAAAGAACGCUACAAACGUGAAUGUUUCUGAGUUGUUCAUUUCGAUGACAACACCCAAAGUAGGCAAACCAAUAAAAGAAGGGGAUUGUGUGAAUCUGACCUGUAUGUACAACUGUUCAUCUGCAGUUAUGUGGUUCAAGAACAGAAAACCCCUGCAAGAGGAGUCCUCAACUCUUUACCUCCGUGACAUAUCCUUUCAAGACUCUGGAAACUACUCGUGUUCGCCAAAGCAUUACAACAGACCACUUUCUGGGGUUAUCAGGGUCAAUGUUGAAUAUGGCCCUAGGAAUACCUCAGUCUCAGUCUGGCCGUCGUCUGAAGUUUUGGAGGGUAGUGAUGUUAUUUUGACCUGCAGCAGCAAUGCUAACCCAACAUUGAACUACACUUGGUUUAAAAUAGAUGGAGACAGUUGUCUGGAAAUGGUAUAUCAGGCUGAGCUACAGUUUAAUGUUACUCUCACUGGUAAUAGUGGGAAAUACUUCUGUGUCGUCAUCAAUAAGCAUGGAAGACAGAAUUCCACUAUUCUAUCACUGAAAGUCAAAGGUAAGUACAAUAACAUGUUGUAACCACAACGGGUUACAAAGAGUAACAAUUCCAACAAUCAGAAAUCUGAACAACUUAAAUGCAAAAACAAAUGCACUUGUCUUUUCCUAAUAGCACUGACUUUUCUUAUAACUUCUUUAUUGAGGAAAAAUGUGUUUACUAUGACUGUGAUAUGUGGUUGUCUCACCUAGAUAUCUUAAGAUGAAUGCACUGAUUGUAAGUCACUUUGGACAAGAGCGUCUGCUAAAUUAUUUAAAUGUAUUUUAAAUUAUAAUGCUUUUGUGUUCAUAUGCAGAUCAUGCAAAGGGGAUGGUAGCUGUGACACUCACGAUACUUAUUGCAGUUCUUGCUGUUGUGCCAAUGAUUAUCAUUGUGCCUAUGGUUGCUUGGCAUCUUGUUGCUCACAGGAAAAAGACUACAGCACCAAAACCACACACAGAAGAGAACACACAGACCACAGAAGCGCAUGUAACCAGCCUCACAUCAGACUGUAGUCUGACAGAAGAGUGGAGAGAGGAGGAACCAUCGCAACAGGAAGAUGUCAGCUAUACAACAGUGCACACCAACACCAAGCAAAGGGCAAACAUAGAACAGCAGAACGAGGAAACUACGGCCCUCUACAGCUCUAUAUGGGAGCAACAAGCCAAGGAGGACCUCUACAGUGUAGUAUCCAGACCCACUCCUAGGGGGAAACAGGCCCAGGAUGACCCAGUCAUCUACAGCACUGUGUUCAGGCAGUAGUUGAGAUGUUGCCUGGCUAACCAAACUCCUUGCUCCGGCCAACCGCUAUGCCACGCCCACAGAUGUUAGUGUCUUCCGAGUCUGGAUCGGAGUACCUUCCUGACAAUUUCUAGAAUGCAAACACAUUCUAACCACUCGGAUUGGUCCCAGAAACUGAUGGGUUGGGCCAGAGCCAGUACACACGUGGGUAAAGCGCAUUGAUAGAGGACUCAUCUUUUUAUCUGUGACAUAGCGUCUGUGACAGCAUGUGCAGCACCAUUUAGGCUAUCUUCAUUUUGAAGUAGUUAAUUUUCUUCUUCAGGUUGGCUGAUCCCUCCUGAUGACCCGGUUGGACAUGACUCCAACAUGGCCACCAGGAGGGAUCAGCCAAUAAAUGUUGGAAGUCUCAUCCAGUUGAUUACAUUAAAAUGGUGGAAGCCCUCAAAGGCGCUUUUAAAAUUCUUCAUUGGCUUUGAUACUCUGAUUGGUUAGAGAUUAUCCAAUUGCUGAUGACCUAAUUCUGACUUCAGCUGCGUCUGUCUGACUGAAGUACGUAGCAAACAGAACGGCUGAAGAUUUCAGUUACCUUGUGUCGUCAGGCAAGUUGAGAUGGUGAACCUCACACAAUGGACCCUGAGGAUCUAUUAGACUCCACUAGAGGUCAGAACAGAGCCUUUGCAUGAUGAAUGAACUCACAGCUGUGAACAGAGGAAGAGAGUACGAUAUCUGCAGUACACCUGAGACAAUGCAGAUGGCCACCUUGGAUAUCUGCAGUCCAAUCAUUUAAAUAUUCCA